GGCGGCGGCUACAGGGCCGCUGAGAAGAUGCCCGCAGCUGGUGGGACCUCAUACCGGGAGGAGAGAUCGGGGCGGAGCGCAAGGGCGGAACGCGGACCUGGAGCUGGUCCGUCAGGCAGGAGUGGGGCAGGUGCGGUGGCGGAAGUGCCGGACGCGACUGGAGCCGAGCCGUCUAGGAAGCCGGGGCCGUGGGUACCCCAGCCCGGAGCAGCUGCAGAGCCUCCGCCUGACCGCAGCAACUUGGGCUCGGGCGCCGGCGAGAUGCCUCUGUUCACCGCCAACCACUUCGAGCAAGAUGUGGAAAAGGCCACAAAUGAGUACAACACUACAGAAGAUUGGAGUCUUAUUAUGGACAUAUGUGACAAAGUUGGAAGCACUCCUAAUGGAGCAAAAGAUUGCCUAAAAGCCAUAAUGAAAAGGGUAAAUCAUAAGGUUCCUCAUGUUGCUCUGCAGGCGUUAACUCUUCUUGGGGCUUGUGUGGCAAACUGUGGAAAGAUAUUUCAUUUAGAAGUAUGUUCCCGUGAUUUUGCAACAGAAGUACGUGCUGUGAUAAAAAAUAAGGCUCAUCCUAAAGUAUGUGAAAAACUGAAAUCUUUAAUGGUGGAGUGGUCAGAAGAAUUUCAGAAGGACCCUCAGUUUAGUCUGAUAUCUGCAACUAUUAAAUCUAUGAAAGAAGAAGGAAUUACUUUUCCUUCAGCAGGUUCUCAGACUGUCUCAGUUGCUGCCAAGAAUGGUACGUCAUUGAACAAAAACAAAGAAGAUGAGGAUAUAGCUAAAGCUAUUGAAUUAUCAUUGCAAGAGCAGAAGCAGCAGCACACAGAGACAAAAUCUUUAUAUCCAUCUGCAGAAAUUCCAUCAAAUAAUAAAGUUGCAAGGAAAGUGAGAGCUUUAUAUGAUUUUGAAGCUGUGGAGGACAAUGAACUCACCUUUAAACAUGGUGAAAUUAUUAUUGUUUUGGAUGACAGUGAUGCCAAUUGGUGGAAAGGAGAAAAUCACAGAGGAAUAGGACUCUUCCCAACUAAUUUUGUAACAACUAAUUUAAACAUAGAACCUGAGGCAGCAGCUGUGGACAAAUUGAAUGUAAUUGAUGAUGAAGAGGAGGAAAUUAAGAAAUCAGAGCCUGAGCCUGUUUAUAUAGAUGAGGAUAAGAUGGAUAGAGCCCUGCAAGUACUGCAGAGUAUAGAUCCAACAGAUUCAAAACCAGACUCCCAAGACCUCUUGGACUUAGAAGAUAUCUGCCAACGGAUGGGUCCAAUGAUAGAUGAAAAACUUGAAGAGAUUGAUAGGAAGCAUUCAGAAUUGUCUGAAUUGAAUGUAAAAGUCUUGGAAGCUCUGGAACUAUAUAACAAGUUGAUGAAUGAAGCACCAGUAUAUUCAGUCUAUUCAAAGAUCCAUCAUCCAGCACAUUACCCACCUUCAUCAGCUGGAGUUCCAAUGCAGACAUAUCCAGUUCAACCACAUGGUGCAAACUAUAUGGGUCAAAGUAUUCACCAAGUCACUGUUGCCCAAAGCUACAGCCUAGGACCAGAUCAAAUCGGUCCACUGAGAUCGCUGCCUCCAAAUGUGAAUUCCUCAGUGACAACACAGCCUGCUCCAACUCCGUAUUUAAGUGCUGGACAAGACACUGUUUCCAAUCCUACUUACAUGAAUCAGAACUCUCACCUUCAAUCAGCUACUGGUGCAGCUGCUUACACGCAGCAAAUGGGGAUGUCUGUGGAUCUGUCAUCUCACCAGAGCACUACUUCCAGUUUGCCGCGGUCGGCAGGCUUUGCAGUGGCAGCUCCAGCUCAUUCAGUUUCACAGCAGCAAACAGAUUACCCUCAGCAGCAGCCUCUCCUUUAAAAACAAACCAAGAAAAAAAAAAAAAAAAAAAAAACAAACCAA